AGUAAUUGUAAAUCGAUCAAAAUCUCACAACCUAAUACCGAAAAGGAAAAACCUUUGCCCUAAUUGCUCUGCAAACCAAGCGCUAUCCAACGACAGCCAAUCUCGCCGUCUCCGUCGCCGGUUCCACAGCCGUCCUUUGCGCUACCACUGUUGUGUUUCUCAAUCGACGUACUUUUGUGACGAGGGUUCUAGCUCUUGGUGAAGGCAAAUAUGAUAUAUACGGCAAUUGAUACAUUUUAUCUGACGGAUGAGGAAUUGAAAAACUCACCUUCUAGUAAAGAUGGUAUUGAUGAAGCAACUGAGACUACUCUCAGAAUCUACGGCUGUGAUCUGAUUCAAGAAAGCGGCAUAUUGCUUAAAUUACCUCAGGCUGUUAUGGCUACUGGUCAGGUCCUAUUUCAUCGUUUCUACUGCAAGAAAUCAUUUGCUCGAUUCAAUGUAAAGAGAGUUGCUGCCAGUUGUGUUUGGCUUGCUUCAAAACUGGAAGAAAGUCCCAGAAAAGCAAGACAGGUUCUCAAUGUUUUCCACAGGAUGGAAUGUAGGAGAGAGAAUUUGCCGAUACAGCAUUUGGACAUAUAUUCCACGAGAUACGUGAAUCUUAAAGCAGAUUUGAUCAAAACGGAAAGGCAUCUUUUGAAAGAGAUGGGUUUCAUCUGCCAUGUUGAGCAUCCUCACAAAUUUAUAUCUAAUUACCUUGCCACAUUGGAGACGCCUCCAGAACUCAGACAAGAAGCUUGGAAUCUUGCAAAUGAUAGUUUGCGUACAACCUUGUGUGUGAGAUUUAAAAGCGAGGUUGUGGCAUGUGGUGUCGUAUAUGCUGCCGCACGUAGAUUUCAAGUGCCACUACCAGAGAAUCCCCCAUGGUGGAAAGCAUUUGAUGCUGACAAAUCUGGCAUUGAUGAAGUUUGUAGGGUGUUGGCCAAGUUGUAUGCUCUUCCAAAGGCCCAAUAUAUACCUGUUUGCAAGGAAGGAGGUUCAUUUGCCACAUCUAAUCGAACCCGGGAGUCACUGCCUCCCUCAGUUUCAAAGGAGUCAACCCCGAAUGAAGCUGGUAAUAAGGGCGAAGGGGUCAAAGCUGCUCUUGACAAAUUGAAGGAGUCAAAGAAAAGUGAUGACGAAUCUAAAAGCGUGACUAAUGGCAGGGAGUCCAGAGAGGGAUCUGAAUCAAAAUUGAUGUUGGACAACAGAACAGAAAUUAAGGAGAGAGAAAAAGAUAGAGAAAGGGGAAGAGAGAGAAGUAGGAGCAAAGAUGUGCGGGACCCUGAGAGGGAGCGAGGUAAGGAAGAUCACGAGAGAGACAGAGACAAAGUUAAGGAAAGGAGUCAUCGUUCGAGGGACAAAGGAAAAGAUUCUGGACGAACGGAGAAGUCCAGGCAUCAUUCAUCUAGAGAUCGCGACUACCACGGGUCAUCUUAUUCAUCAAGAGAGAGAGAACGUCGAAAACAUUACUAGUAUGUUGGAACCAGUUGGACAAAGAGCUUUCCUGUUAUACUAGUCCAUGAGUAUCAGUAGCAUAUUACUUUGCCAUAAUACCAGAAAAUGGUAAUCUUUGUAGAAAACUGAAUUGUUUGAUUGAGAUUAAUCCACAAAGGGAUGCGAUUUGUCUCGAAAAUGUUGUGGUCUCGUAUCUUCUGAUGGUGUCUAUGAUGUUACUAUUUGACUCUGGUUGAGAUUUAUGAGCUAAAAAUGAUCUGAUAUGUUUAUAAAAUCAGUCAUCGAUUAUAACUAUUAUUUACUUGUUUAUAGGAUAUUUCAUAAGCUU